UGAUUAUUCAGGUGACCGACGGCCAAGAAAGGCUUUUAGCUCGGGGUGGGGGGCAUCAGGAUCGUCCCACGGCCGCCGGUGUCUGCGACCAUCGCUGAGGGGUGAAGGAGGAGGAGGCAGCGGCGGAGAUGAGGGCUGUGGUGCAGCGAGUCCUCUCCGCCAGCGUCGAGGUGGAGGGGCGCGUCGUGUCGGAGAUUGGACCAGGCCUCCUCGUCCUCGUCGGCAUCCACGAAUCCGACACCGACUCCGAUGCCGAUUACAUCUGUAGGAAGGUCUUGAAUAUGAGGCUAUUCCCAAAUGAGAGGAGUGGAAAAGCAUGGGAUCAAAGUGUUAUGCAGCGGAAUUUUGGAGUUCUGUUAGUGAGUCAGUUCACCUUAUAUGGCAUCUUAAAGGGUAACAAGCCAGAUUUUCAUGUGGCUAUGCCACCUCAGAAGGCAAAACCAUUUUAUGCAUCACUAGUUGAAAAGUUUUGCAAAUCAUAUACUGCAGAUGCAGUCAAAGAUGGCAUUUUCGGAGAAAUGAUGAAGGUUAAUUUGGUGAAUGAUGGCCCUGUCACAAUGCAACUUGAUUCAUCACAAUCAAGGAGUGGUACUUGCGAGGUGGCUGAAGAUGGCAAGCCAUGAAGGACUAACAAAAUGCAAGAUCAGUCAUUUUGUGAAAUCACCUACCGGAAUACUACUGUACGCAGUUGCUGUAAUGCUGCUUUUGGGAAAAAAGAGAAUAUAAUAAUUCACCAUAAUCCACUCACUCUGGGCUUAUUAAUUAAUGUGUCUUUGGACUAUUUUUUUAUAGGUUUAGAGGAUGACUAUUCAAAAUUGGCCAAUUUGCAAUAUAUGAGCAGCAAUCCCAUUUAAUG